AUGCACAAAGUACUGUUGUCAUCUCUAACGAAAUAAGCCUCUCGUGAAAGAAAAAACUUUGUUAUGUGUCCCAAUAUAAGGUAGUUGAAAGGUUUGCUUCUCUUCGUAAUCAUCUUUUAGAGGAGGAGAAACAACAUGUCGAGGGAAAAUCUACACAGAAGAGAGAAUGCCAAGGCUCGCACUUCUAUGCGAGAGAAGCUGGUAGAGAAACAGAAAGCAACAGAUGAACAUGAGAGCAACUUUACAGCUGGUCGUGUUAAUGUGCGAGAGAGAUAUCUGCACCGCACUGGAAUAAGAGGGAGAAAGAGCUGGAUAUUCUAUGCUGUUUUGUACAUUCUAGCUCUCCUUGUAAUAGUCAAUAUUGUGAUGCUUGCCAUUUUGUAUCAUGUCUUGCAAAUGAACAAAGAUGGGAUGAAGUGCUUGUCAUUUUUUGAGAAUGAUGACAUUCGAUUUCAUUGUGAGAGUGACAUGGACUCAGUCAGUUUGUAUAAGAAUCAAGCUGGAACUUUUAAAGACCACAACUUGGUUAUUGACAGUGAUGACAAAAAGAUUAUAUUCCAUGGAGGGCCUACAACAGCAUCUGCACAAAUGCACGUAGGUGCAGAUAUGACUGAAAUCCAUGCUAAACAUGGCUUCAGAUUUGUGGACCCUUAUGUAAAGAAGACCAUCCUGAACUUGAAUGGAAGUGUGUGGUAUGUUAAUCCAGCCUCCAUCAAUGCUUUCACGGUUGCUGGAGAUGCAUUGGUUACCCAUCGGGUUGUCAGUAAUGAGGACCAGAAUUUGACUUUGACCUCUGAAAAGAGCAUUUCAGUGGAGGGACAUGAAGGGCUAGUUUUGGAUGGAAAAAUGACUAACUUCAAUGCUGAUGAGGAUAUCGAAAUUUCCUCCGUCUUGGGUUCACAAGGAAAGGCUACGAUUACGUUUGAUGCAAGCAGUGGGGUCUAUGUGAAUGGAAAUGCACUAGACAUGCCGACUGCAGCCCCAGGCAGUUCUUCAGGGAAAUACAAGUUAUGUGCAUGUAUAAACACGGGCAAGCUUUUUCGUGUGGAAGUUUUGAACUCGACUUUCUCGACAUGUUCUACAGUGGAGAUUGUUUGUGGAUAAUGACAACAGUUGUUGUCUGGAAAAGAACUUCUCUUACUCUCGUUUAUUGACUAAAUUACGGUUAAUUCUGUAGGAGGUAAAAAAAACUUGGUAAGAAUAUGUAGUUGGUUAAAGGAUGGUAUGAAUAGAGAGGGUAAAAUAUUGAUAUGAACUGCACAUGGCUCUCUAGUGGUGCUGCUUUUUAAACGGCUCGUUUCCGUGUUUGAGACGUUGGUUUCAGUAUACUGAAUAAUAGAUAUUGAAACACGUUGAAAGAAAACGCGAACGGCAAACGAUCAUCUACGAUCUGUAUGAUUGUUUUUUUCCUCCAACCUUAAAUAAUUCUCACAAAGAAGUAGAAAUUUUCUAAAUGUCCUCAUAUUUUUGCACCGACGCCCAAAAGGCAGGGAGAAAAAGCUUGUAAUUUCUAGCAGUUUGCCGUUUGCGUGAGGUUAUCUUAGAUAAUCUCUCUAAUGUUUUGUUACUGGUAAAUAUUUUAUACCUGGCUCGUAAAAUGCUGUUUUUCAGUAACGCUUGUAUUUUUCUAUGACGGAAUGAAAUUGGAGAAAUCUG